GCUUGUGGGCAGUUCAGUUUCGGAAAGAGCGGCAAACACGAAUCCCGGUGCUGGUUGCUGGCGUCCGCUUGUGGAAGUAUUGUUUUUUUGAAGACCAAUUUAAACCAUGUCCGAAAACGUGUCCUACACGAAUGUGCAUCGAGCGUUUCUGCAGGCGUGCUCUAACCAUGGCACUCUGAGUACGAGCCAGGCCUUCAAUAUGUACGUGGCCAUCUGCGCCCAGCACGACGACAGCCACAGCAUUCCAAGCGAAGCCGAUCUGGCCAGCGUGAUAGAAGCCAUCAACGAGCGGAUCUAUCGCUUCGAUCAGAAGAUUGCGCUCGUCCACUACGAUCCCACCGAUAUGGACUUUUACGUGUUCGUCAGUCUGCAGGAGUCGCCGAUCGAUUUGCAGCAGAACGUGUUCACCGCACCGGAGCUACACUUCUUCCGGGUGCUGCUGCGUGAGCUAGCGCUUAGCGAGGAUCACACGCUGGCCCUGAUCGCGUGCCUCAAUCUGACGAACGAUACCGCGAGCGAAGGGAUGAAACCGUUGGCAAAGACGCGGGCCGAACAGUUGCUCCAGGAGUGGGAGCAGCUGGGCUACUUUCUCACGCUGGACGAUAAGUGCUAUCUGGGGCCGAAGGCGGUGGUGGAGUUUGAAAAGUACAUCAGCAGGAACUAUGCGGACGUUGUAACGCGCUGCUGCUUGUGCAAUGUGACAAUAUUCUAUGGUGUCAAAUGUGCUUCCUGCCCUCAGAUUCUGCACAAGGACUGCAUGAAGAAGUACCUUCGGCGGUUGACCAACUGCCCCGCAUGCAAAACGCUAUGGAGCGUCCCGUUGUAGCUGUACUCACUGGAAUUUAGUUUAUUAACGCAUUCUUAUCCCAUAAAACCCAUUUACAAAGAAUUU